GAGAAUCUCCUUCCUCUCUCAACACAUCACAACCGUCAACGUGUCACUCCCACACCCGUCCGAUCUCAAACCCAAAACAAAGCCAAAACCCUCCCUGCCACCACUACGUACUACAAAAGUAAAAGAAAAACAGAAACAAAGCAAAAGAGACUGAGAGAGUAGAAGAUGAAGGAAGCAGCAAUGGGAAAUGCAGUUGAGGAAGGAGAAGCUAGUGGGACCCAUCAGGGAAGGACUAUGAAGAGAUCAAAUGGUAGUAGUAGUGUGGGGAGGACAGAGAGCGAGAAGGAGAAGACGAAGAUGAGAGAGAGGAACAGAAGGGCUAUCACCACCAAGAUCUUUCAGGGCUUGAGGAAACACGGUGGUUACUGCCUUUCUCCUCGCGCCGACAUCAACGAGCUUCUUCGCCACCUCGCCAGUGAGGCUGGCUGGGUCAUCCUUCCUGACGGAACCACUUUCCGCUCUUCCUCCACCUCCUCCUCCAAUGGUUUGAGUUGCUGUGCUAUGUGUGGGACCGGGAUAACGAGCAACAAUACGACGCCGUGCAGCUCUGUUGUGAUGGGUGGUGGGGGUGGUGGAGGAGAGUACUGUGCUUCAACCACUGCGUCGCCUAUAGGAGACUCUAUGUCUAUGUCUAUGUCUGUGUCUGUGGUGAACAGCAACAUUAACAAGAUUGGAUUUGGUGGUUCCACGAGUAGUUCGCUGCCUGAAGGUGACAAUAGUCCACUAGAGCUCUACAUCUACGAUAAUGGGCUUCCCGAUGGGCUCCACCACCACUCCUCCUCCGCUUCUGGUGGCGGGGUUGGUGGGCCGUUGGUAAUGGGACCCCAAUAUCCUCAGCAGCAGCAGCAUAGUCAGUUGUACGUGCAGGAAGCCAUGGCGUCCAACCAGAACACGCCGGUGGGUUCACCUCUGGGUCGCGCUUGAUAAGAAGUUAGAAAGUUGGAAACUUCUUUUGAUUCUGUGGUACUAGGAGGCUGAAAUUGGAAACAAUUAGAAUAGUAAUGGAAAAGAAUAGAAGAAUAGGAAAAAAAACAGGUAUCGAUGUGGGUUUUCUUAAUUUUUUUUUU